AUGGAUCAGAUCAUUGAUCACAGGGUUAAGGACCCUGCGGCUGCUGCAUACAGGUUGGGUCCCGUGGGCUCCUGUGGGAUCGUGGCUAUUUCUGGCUCCACGCUGAAGCUGCAAGGACAGACCCGGGUCUAUGGCAGCUGGCAGGCAGUGGAAGCCGGCCUGCUGGGCGCCUUCAGUGUCUGGAAUUCCAUGUGGUGGAUGGAGAGACUUCCCAACCCCUUUGGCAGAGUGAAACUCACAGAAAACAUUGGGCUUCCCCUGGAACUGCUGGAAAAACAAGACCCCUGGCCGGCCUAUGUCACAUAUACCUCCCCGAUGGUGCAAAGACUCAUUGAGAAAAGCAAAGCUAGAGAACUGGAAUUCACGCAGGUUCUGGAGGAAAACCGAUGGGCUCACAGGCAGAGCAGGACGCCCAGUAUCGUCCAUAUGAAAAGAAAACUGUCAUCCAAGACCUCUGGCAAAAUGGUGUUCAAGGACACGAAGUCCGAGACCAUGUUGUCGGUGUGGAGCGAUUUUUCGGCAUCGGCUUCAGGUCCCACCAUCAUCCCAGAGCCCUUUCAAAUGGAUUCCAGAGAAAGUCCCACUGCAAACUUUAACAAGAUCAUCUUCUCUCGAAAACCUCUGAUGAGGAUGCUUCCAUCAGCUCACUUCUGGCCAGCAAAGAGAAACAUUUAA